AUGCGUUUCGCUACUCUUGCCGUCGCUCUCCUCCCAGUCAUCUCUGCCUUGACUAUCAACCUACACCUUAGCUCACUUGCAAGACGCGAGACUUUAGACGAAGCUUGUGCCAAGGAGAAGGACUACAAGAUCCUUUCAGGAGAUACCCUCACAAAGAUUGGUGACAAGUUUGACCGGACUGUGGAAGCACUUUUCUAUGUAAAUCUCCCUCAUUCUUACGCACAACCCCAUUUCUCUCACCCUAUACCCAUUUCCUUUACCCCUCUUUAUAUCCUCCGUCUCAUACUAACGUGCAAACCAACAGGUCAACAGGGACACCAUCACUGACCCUGACGUCAUCAUCGCUGGCAACAAUCUUAUCAUCCCAAAGAAGGCCUGUAACAAAAUUGCUCCUGCCCUUCCACCAAAGAAGCCCACCGCCACUGCUACGUGCGCGCCCAAAGGAACUGAUACUCCAUACUUCGUUGUGGCCCAGGACACAUUGACGAAGAUUGCCGAAAGAUUUAAUAUCACUCUGCAGUCUCUCAUUGAUGCGAACAAGAAGAACAUCCCAAACCCAGACGUGAUCGAUAUUGGAGAUAAAGUCAACAUUCCAAUUUGCCAGUAA